UUUCUCAGUGGCCAUCAAAUACAAACGAUUUGAUGACUUGAGAUGGAGUCUGAAUGACCUGCAAGAUUGCUGGAAAUGUCAUUUAUCGCCACUGUCUGGACAGCGUCACAGAAAACUCAGUCCGCAUCUCGAUGACCACAGACCAAUCCAACAAGUAUUCCUCAAAGCUGAGACACUGGACAACCAUAGACUGCGGAGAAGACUAGCUUUGUGCGAGAAAUAAAAAUCAAAGAAUGUCACUUUCAAGCAGGUCGUUGUAAGACUUGGAAAAACUUUAAAAGACUUUAUAAACAAAAUCACAGACACUUGAUAACACAUAUAAAAGUAAUAUAUAGGGAAUUUUAUUUGACAUACAGCAGAAAAAGCGGCUAAAAGGCACUGAAAACGUAGAUAGCUGGUACCGAUAUAUAAAAAGCUAAUAAUGGUUCUGUUCAGUGUUGUCAUAUAAGAAAGAAAGGGCUUGAACAAGAUUCCCGAUCCUUAAAGUGAAGAAAACUUUUCGUCCUAGAAGGAAAUGUUCUUGGUGUAUAGGAAAAAGAUGCCUAUACAAAAUCUGAGUCGAUGAACAUCAAGGGUUAACAUUUGCCGUGAAAGAAAUUGAUUAUAUGCGCGGAGGAAAAAGCCGGAUCAGAAGUCGCGGCACUUAAAGUCAUGGAUUCUCAGAAUCUGUCAUGAAGGAAGUGAUUGUCGCUUGGAAAAAGGCAUAGGCCUGGGCUCAAUUUUUGACGCAAAACAUCAACGAAUUAUCGUGACGGGAAACGACGAAGAAUAUCCUGAGAAAACAGGCCUGAACAGAUGAAGUUGUGCCGCUAGACAUCGAGCGCUUUCAUUUGCCGUGAAAGACAUGGUUGUUGUGUGUGGGAAAGAACAGGCAUGAACACAAUGGAGAGCGAUGGAUUUACUGCUGGGUUGAAGUGCACCUGCCGUGUCAGCGUGUUGGUGGUGUGGCUGCUGUUCUCAUGGGUACCAGGUUCGAAUCCAGAGCUGCGUGGAGCCCCGCCUGGAUGCCUGUUUCCUGACUUUCUGCAGUCUCACGAGCCUGGCAUGGGCGACUGGACCUGGAAGUAUGACGGCGACACUCACGUGGGUCACGUGACCAACGGUAUCUACACCAUCUGCUCCAAGCGGUACAAGGAGGAGCUGGGUCUCACGGGGGAGAGGAUGAGGGACAGCUGUGAGGAAACCAGGCUUAUCCGAACGUGUGUGAAGAAAUUCGGGCCCAACACGUUUGCUGUGAAGCACGGGGGUACAACCAGAGGCCAUACCACGUCAUACCAGUGCAUCCGGUAUGUCAUGCGCAGUGCCACUGUCAUCCAGUUGGCUGUGUCAGACAGGAAGUCCAACGUUUCGGGGAUUUGUGAUCGUAAGUAUAGAGAUACAGAUAAUGACAAACGAGUGGAUGGAUAGACCGAUUCACCAAAAAAUAAGACCCAACAAA